AGUCUGCUCUGGUAGAUGCCGCUGAAAGUAUUAUCUACAGUACUUCUUCGGAUAGCAUUACUUGUCGCUAUGUUCCAUAGCACGGGCAACUGGGCUUAUAUAUGGACAAUAUUGCACCCUACAGCACGGCCAAAUUCGCCUGCGGCUUGGGUGUUUGCCUUGAGCUUAAUAGGCCUUGCCCCUCUUGCCGAACGCGUGAGCUUUCUCAGCGAGCAGAUUGCAGAGUAUGCUGGUCCAACUGUUGGUGGCCUACUGAAUGCGACAUGCGGUAAUGCCCCUGAGCUGAUAAUAGCGCUACUAGCACUGCACAAUGGUAAGCUAGAAGUCCUAAAAUGGUCUCUCCUCGGCUCCAUUCUCUCCAACCUUCUGCUAGUCCUUGGCUCCUCACUUGUCUUUGGCGGAUUUGCCAACCUUGGCAAUGAACGGCCAUUUGAUCGAAGGCAAUCAGAUGUAUGCUUAAGCCUGCUUCUAUUGGGUGCGUUGUGCCAUGUCAUGGCUUUAAUUUUUCGGUUUAUCACGAACACUAGUGAGUAUAAAGGAUCAUCGAUCACAGUACUCAAGCUCUCAAGACCGUGCAGCAUUGUGAUGCUCCUGGCCUAUGCUGGAUGCCUCUUCUUCCAGCUGAAAACCCAUCACCAGUUCUUUGAAGCACGAGAGGAUGAAUCUGAUGAGGAUGAUGAUAUCGUAUCAUCGGCACCUGUUAUUGGAUUUACUAGUGCAAUUGUCUGGCUGCUUGGGAUGACUGCUGUAAUCGCGAUCUUAUCAGAUUAUGUCGUUAGUACCAUUGAGGCAGCAUCAGAGUCAUGGGGCUUGCCGGUUAGCUUCAUAAGUGUUAUAUUACUUCCUAUUGUGGGUAACGCCGCUGAGCAUGCGGGUGCAAUCAUCUUCGCAGCCAAAAACAAAAUUGAUAUCACCUUGGGUGUAGCCUUGGGCUCAUCGACGCAAAUCUCCAUGUUUGUGAUUCCUUUGACAUUAGUUGUAGCAUGGAUAAAAGGUGUCCCUAUGGAUCUCACCUUCGGCUUCCUCGAAACUGCAUCACUGGUUAUGGCAAUUCUCAUUACUGCCUUCGUACUUCAGGAUGGAAAUUGGCACUACAUGAAGGGUUUUAUUCUCUUCCUCUGCUACAUUGUUGUGGCCAUAUGCUUUUUCAUCCUCAAAACCUCUCCAAAUCCAACAAAUGGCGGUCACUUGGACGACGACUAAUGAAAGGAAGAGAGUGUAGUAGACUGUGUGGACUAAAUCCCCAAAUCCUGCAACUGUUGGGGAAGAUAGCGAGGUGCGAUUGCGCGCACUCGUGGAUUGAAAUGAGCGAAGUUCGCGUGCGGAGAAAAGGGUGAAUGCGGUAGCCUAUUCUACAGUAGAUUUGUCAGAGUUCAUGUAUAAAACAUCUAUUCUAUCUUUAUAUGUUCAUCAUUUUACUCGUAUGUAUAUGUUGCAGUUGUUUGCCAUUUCUCUCUCUCAGAUAUGGGUGUGAAGGAUCCGAACACGAGCCAGACAAGCUAAGCUCAAAGUUGGCUUGUUUACGAACUCGAGCCAGCUUGUUUAAUUUUGAGUCAAAA